UUUAUCAAAGGAGUUAUUACAGAUGAUACACGGUUGUAUUUAUUAGAAAACAUCUGGCGUCCCGAAGAACUUUUUAAAUUUCCAGCAAGCGGACAAAGAAAUUUAAAGUUUCAAUAUUCGUGGCUACUUAGGUGGAACUGGUUGACUUAUUCCAAAUUACUUGAUGGCGCAUUUUGCAAAUAUUGUGUUUUGUUUAGUUUGAAUUAUGGUGGUGUAGGUAGUCAGCCUUUAGGUAAGUUAUCAAAAAUUCCAUUUUCAAACUGGAAAAAGGCAACAGACAAGUUUAAUGAGCACCAGCAAUGUGAAUAUCAUAAAAGAGCAAUUUUACUUUCCCAAAAUCGUAAAUCGGUUAUGGAGAAAAAAAUAGAACCUAUUAACAUCGCCUUGAACUCAUCAGUAAGUCAACAAAUUCUAGAAAAUCGUUUAAGGUUAGCGCCCAUAAUAGAAACUAUAAUUUUUUGCGGCCGACAAGGUCUUGCACUUAGGGGGCACAGGGAUUUCGGAAAUUUUCAGUUGGAGGAUCCUGACGAAAAUGAUGGAAAUUUUCGAGCUCUUUUAAGAUACAAAGCCAUGGGUGGAGACGAAACACUUAAACAUCAUCUAGAAAAUUCUUCAAAAAAUGCAAGAUACUUAAGUCCCACCAUUCAGAAUGAAGUGAUAAAUGUGUGCAAUAAAUUAAUUGUUCAAAAGAUUGUUGCGAAAAUUACUUCUGUUAAAUUGUUUUCUGUCUUAGCCGAUGAAACUAGUGAUAUAGCUGGUAUGGAGCAAUUUUCGUUGUGUGUUCGCUACUAUGAUAACGACAUAAAGAAAAUAAGGGAGGAUUUCCUACAGUUUGUAGGUGUAACUGAUCUAACAGGCAAAGGACUUGCAAAUGUUUUAAUGGACACUCUAGCAAAUUUACACAUAGACGGUAAUUUUAUGAUAGGUCAAGGAUAUGAUGGAGCCGCUGCAAUGAGUGGUCGACUUCAUGGGGCGCAACAAUAUGUUGCUGAGAAAUUUGAUUUGGCUAUUUACGUGCAUUGCGCAUCUCACAGUCUAAACCUAGCACUUUCUGAUGCCUGCGAACUACCAGCUGUAAGAAACUGUAUGGGAAUUCUUAAUAGUACAUACAACUUUUUUAACACACCAAAACGACAAUCUUUGCUUGCAAAUUCAAUAGAGAAAUUAACACCUAAAGCAUCAGCAUCUCGACUUAAACGAUUGUGCGCAACCAGAUGGAUUGAGCGUCAUGAGUCUGUCAACGUUUUUAUACAGCUUCAAAAAGCAACUGUUGAUGCACUGGAAAUUAUGUCAUCCUGGCACGAUACAACAACUUCUUCAACAGCGGUUCAACUUUUAGGUGCAAUUAGGAGUCUUGAGUUUCAAGUUUCUCUUAGAGUUAUCUCAAAAAUCUUUGCAAUAACACUUCCUGUCAGCAGAAUACUCCAAACAGAAAACUUUGAUCUAUCUGCGGCUCUAAAAUUUACAGAAGAUUCAAGUAGCCUACUAGUGAAUAUGCGGAAGGAUGCUGAAUCAGAAUUUACUACCGUAUUUAAUGAAGUCAAAGACAUUUGUGAGGACUUCGACAUAGAUAUACUUAUUCCACGUCGAGCUGGAA